GCCAGCCGUUCGGGAAAGAGGUCUGGAGACGGCUCUAGUCUCCGGGCCCCGGCUGCUUUCUUACGGCCGGCUGGAGGGCCGCCGCCACCGCCGGGGAAUCCCAGCUCGCCGGGCUGGGGAUGCGGCAUGGCCGCGGCGCUGGCCGAGUCGGUUUCCAGCAGCAGUUGUAGCGUGGAAGGCGCAGCUGCGGGCGCCGGCGGCGGAGGAGGAAGCAGCAGCAGCAGCCGGCACGAGAAGAGCUUGGGGCUCCUCACCACGAAGUUCGUGUCCCUCCUGCAGGAGGCCAAGGACGGCGUGCUCGACCUGAAAGCGGCUGCUGAUACUCUUGCCGUAAGACAAAAAAGGAGGAUCUAUGAUAUCACCAAUGUGCUGGAAGGGAUAGAUCUAAUUGAAAAAAAGUCAAAAAACAGCAUCCAGUGGAAAGGUGUAGGUGCUGGCUGCAAUACAAAGGAAAUCGUAGAUCGAUUAAGGUAUCUCGAAGCAGAAAUUGAAGAUCUGGAACUAAAAGAAAAGGAGCUGGAUCAGCAGAAAUUGUGGUUACAGCAAAGCAUUAAAAAUGUUAAAGAAGACUCCACAAAUAAAAGUUUUUCAUAUAUCACUCACGAAGAUAUUUGUGACUGCUUCAAUGGGGAUACACUUCUAGCAAUUCAGGCACCUUCCGGCACACAAUUAGAAGUACCUGUACCUCAUCUGGGCCAGAAAAAAUACCAGAUCAAUUUAAACAGUCACUCAGGGCCUAUCCAUGUGUUGCUCAUCAAUAAAGAAUCCAGUUCCUCUAAGCCAGUGGUUUUUCCAGUUCCUCCACCAGAUGACCUCAUUCAACCUCUUUCUCAAGCUGUGGUUCCAUUGACUUCUCCUAAACUGAACUCUCCUCAGAAUUUACUAGAGGAUAAAGAAACUAGUCAGGGUCAAUCCCUUCCACAGACACCAGUCACAGAUAUGCCUGCAGAUAGAAGUUCUCAAGAGAAUGCAGCUCCUGAAACUCUUUAUGCCAGCAUUCCAGAUUCUGAGCUGUAUGACAGUCUUGUAACAGAAACCACGCCGAGCUCAAAUACCUGUCAGCCCUUCCUUCCGCUGGAUGUCAAUAGUAUCCUCAAGCCCAACUCAUUUGAUAUAGCAAAGAUAGAUGAGCCUGGAGGCAUAAUUAACAGUGAUAUCAUUGAUGAACUGAUGUCCUCUGAUGGUAAGUUUCUCAUAUUUCCAUUCCUAAUAAGUGCAAUGACUCAGGCUCACCUUACAAAAUACAGUAGUCCAACAGUAACUUCAUGCUACUUUCCAGCUCCCCCUGGUGUUUGAAUGAGGAUUCACUGAAGUGGCCAGAUAUUACCUUUUUUCUCCUCCAUAUCUCCUAUCCUUCCCUCAGCAACAAAAUGGUAUCUGAAUGCUUCCAGUCUGUCCUCACUGCAAACGCUGAUGGGGUGCCACUGACUAGAAUGGACCAGGAAGUGUGUGAUCAAAAACACACACACUUUUUUUUGUUCUUUCGUCAGUAGCUGUUGCACACCCAUCACUAUGGCCCAAGCUCUGGAUCUCCUUGCUGCACGAAUCAGUAAGCAGGAAUAGUGGCAUACUGAAGCAGAAUCAAGUCCUAAUUUAGUUGUGUUUUUUUAAAAUGGAAGAGGAAACAGUCGCUAGAUUGUAAGAUAGCCCACUGGAAAAUACCCAUAGCAUUCUUCUUGAAAUACCAGUUCCAAGUUUAGAAAGACACAGCAGAAGGUGAAGGGCUGUGGCUCAGUAGUAGAGCAUCUACUUAGCAUGCAGAGGGUCCCAGGUUCAAUC